AUGAAGCUAAAUCUUACCAAGGUGGUUAAUGGCUGUCGCCUUGGAAAAAUAAAAAACCUUGGCAAAACAGGGGACCACACCAUGGACAUCCCAGGCUGCCUUCUAUACACCAAAGCUGGCUCCGCCCCUCACCUGACCCAUCACACGCUGCAUAAAAUCCACAGGGUUCCUGUCAUGGCUCAGCUUACACUAUCUUCACUGGCAGAACAUCAUGAAGUCUUGGCAGAAUAUAAGGAAGGAGUUGGAAAGUUCAUAGGCAUGCCGGAAUCGCUGUUGUACUGUUCUCUGCAUGAUCCAGUCAGCCCGUGCCCAGCUGGUUAUGUAACAAAUAAGUCAGUGUCUGUGUGGGGUGUUGGAGGACGAGUAGAAAUGACUGCCUCCAAGUUCAUGGCCAUUCAGCAGGCCCUUCAGCCAGACUGGUUCCAGUGCCUUUCGGAUGGAGAGGCAACUUGCGAUGAAGCAACUUCCAUAAAAAGAGCCAGAAAGUCUGUUGACCGAUCGCUUCUCUUCCUGGAUAAUUGUCUGAAGCUACAGGAAGAGUCAGAGGUCCUCCAGAAAAGUUCAAUCAUUGGAGUGAUCGAAGGUGGAGACGUGACGGAGGAGAGGCUGAGGUCGGCUCGAGAAACAGCCAAGCGGCCUGUUGGCGGCUUCCUUCUGGAUGGCUUUCAGGGGAAUCCAGUGACCCUGGAGACUAGACUGCACUUGCUGUCAUCAGUCACUGCAGAGCUGCCGGAGGACAAACCAAGGCUCAUCUGUGGUGUUAGUCGGCCAGAUGAGGUGCUCGAGUGUAUUGAAAGAGGAGUGGACUUAUUUGAGAGUUUUUUCCCUUAUCAAGUGACAGAGCGGGGAUGCGCCCUGACUUUCAGCUUUGAUUACCAGCCGAAUCCUGAAGAGACAUUAUUACAACAAAAUGGAACACAGGAAGAAAUAAAAUAUGUGGAUCAAACAAAGAAAAGUAAAACAACCAGUUGCAACCAAGAAAUGACAUCAUUUGAAAUUAAUCUGAAGGAAAAAAAGUACCAGGAGGACUUCAGUCCUCUCGUGAGAGGGUGUUCCUGUUAUUGCUGUAAGAACCACACUCGUGCGUACGUCCACCAUCUGCUGGUGACCAAUGAGCUGUUGGCUGGUGUCCUGCUUAUGAUGCACAACUUUGAACACUACUUUGGAUUUUUCCACUCCAUCCGGGAAGCACUGAAAAGUGACAGACUGGCUCAGUUGAAAGAGCUCAUCCGCCAGCAAGCCUCCUGA